UCUUAGGUAUCUUUAUUUACGAUGGUUGUGGAAAUGGUUGAAGUGGGACUAUAAUGAAAUAUGUGGAUAAUAAAAAAAUAAUUAAUUUUUUAACAAUGACCAUCAAUACACUUAAUAGAGGAAAAGUUCAGAACUAUUCCAAUAUCAUUUAAUUCAUACAAUUAUAAUAUUUUCAAUAUGGAAGAGGAAUUGAGAUGUUUUGUUUGUAAAGAACUUUACAGGGAACCAGUACUAUUACCUUGUGGGCAUGCAUUAUGCCGUAUUUGUGCAACUAGUUUACAGUGUCCUGUGCAUGAAACAGAUAAUUCUGUCGCUUCAAAUGAUUACCAAGAAGCUGACAAAGCAUCGGUAUCAAGCGAAACAGACAGCGGCGUGGUAUGUGGAUCAAGGCCUAAUAGUUACGCGGGAACGCCUGCCGCGCCCGUUUUUCCUUCUUCAGCAUUUACUCUGUCUUGUCCAUUGUGUAGAAAGCAAGUGUACUUAGAUGACAAUGGAGCAGAUGGUCUGCCACCGUUUCGAGUUAUGCGGACAAUUGUGGAGAGAUUCGGAGGUGUUACCGGAGCUCCACCUGCUGAGGAAGCUUGUCAAAUGUGUGAAGGAGAACGUAGAGCCGCCGUAGUUCGGUGCGAACAGUGUUCUGUGCGGUACUGUGCAGGAUGUAGAGAUGCUUGGCAUCCAACAAGGGGGCCCUUAGCACAGCAUGUAUUGAGAGCACUUGGCACCACAUGUAUAGAUCAUGGUUCCUCUCCAGUUCUGUUCUGUAAUACAUGUUUAUUGCCUAUAUGCCAACGUUGUAAUGCUGAAAAACAUGUGUCUCAUGAAACACAACAGCUAGCUAUUGCUGCCAGAGCCCAUAAGACUGAACUUUCACAAUCACUUCAUCAACUUUCGGAACAGGCUAAAGCUAUGACUGAGUACAUACAAAUAGUAAAGGGAUCAAGUGAAAAAAUAAAUGAAUCAUGUGAAGACUUAGAAAAACAGAUAGACCAAGCUUGUGCAGAAGUAAUACACGCAGUAGAAGUUCGUCGUGACGAGCUUGUUCGAGCCGCCCGAGGAACCCGCUCCCAAACUGUGGCCGGCAUGCGGUCCCUCACUUCACAGGCUGCACAGAAACUACGGGAAGCCACAGCCCUAUUACAUUUCUCCAUAGAAGCCUUAAAGGAAUCCGAUCAUGCUGCAUUUCUGCAGGUAGGCAAUAUUCUAUCGACUCGUGCGCAGGAGACAGCAAAUAAGCUGUGUUCGUCGCUGGAGCCACCGCCGGGAACGCCGGCCCUAACGCUAGACACGGAACCGGUACUGCGCACUGUACGCGCUAUGAACUUCAUUGAAUGCAUACCUCCGAGCGCCCCCGAGAUGGCGGUGGAGGCGUGCGCGGCGCGCGGCUGCUCGUGCACGCUGGCGUGGCGAGCGCCGCCCUCCGCCGUGCGCGGGUACGUGCUCGAGCUCGACGACGGGCUCGGCGGACCUUUUCGGGAGGUGUACUGCGGUCGCGAAACUGUCUGUACGAUUGACGGGUUACACUACGCGUCCUUGUACAGCGCCAGGGUAAAAGCCUUUAACGGGGCGGGGGAAGGGCCCUACAGUGAAGUCAUCGGACUGCAGACUUCACCUGUGGCGUGGUUCUCGUGGGACGCCCGCUGCGGCGGCGCGGCCGGCAGCGGCGGCCUGCAGCUGGGCGGCGGCGGGCUGUCGGCGCGCGCCGCCGGCUGGCAGCCGCGGGUCGCGCUGGCCGACCAGCCGCUCGCGCGCGGCACGCAUUACUGGAAACUGCGACUAGACCACUAUGACGCCGAUGCCGAUCCGGCCUUUGGAAUUGCGAGAGCGGACGUCGCUAUGGAUAAAAUGCUGGGUACAGACGCGCUAGGCUGGGCCAUGUACAUAGACAGCACGCGGUCGUGGUUCGUGCACGGCGGGGCGCACGGCGGGCGCGCGGCGGGCGGCGUGGCGCCGGGCUCCAGCGUGGGCGUGCUGCUGGACCUCACCCGCGGCACGCUGAGGUUCACCGUGGACGAUAGACCGCAGGGCGACAUCGCAUUCACGGGUCUCCGCGGCGCUUUCUACCCGGCCGUGUCGCUCAACCGCGGCGUCGCCGUCACGCUGCAGCCCGGUCUGCCUCCGCCCCCGGACUUGCUCAUGUCACAACUCUCCUUAGAGUGAACACAGUGGGAGACGCUUCGAUAUUUUACUUAAAACUAUGGAAUGAUGUGUCUUCUGUAGAACGCAGUUUUAAAACUGCCAAAUCUUGGAAUUAGGAUUAAAUAACGAAAACAUUAUGGUGACACUAGUAUUGACGUUACAAAGUUGAAAAUUUGACUGAUCACAUUUUUUUUUACUAUUGCUCUUUUUAACUUCCAGAGACGUCCACAUGUCAAAACUUAAUAUCUUACCUUAUUAGUCUUAUCGUUUAUUGCGUGUGAUAUUCAUCAAUAUUUCUACGGUAUAGGAAGCACAUAAUCAAGAAGGAAAAAGAUGGCACAUUAGAGAUUUCCCAAACAUUUAUAACUUCGCAUUCCUGUAAUGUGUCAAACAAGUUAGAUAGAAAAAAUCUUUCAAAAUUUGAUAAACAUAAUCGACAAGCAAGUAAAGAUUAAUCGAUUUAUACUUUAAAAAAAUAACUGGGAUUAAUGAUUACGUUAGGUAGCCCCAAUCAGUUUGAAUAGUUAUUAUAUAAAUAAGGCAAAAUGACGAAAUAAUAUGCAAUUCAUUUCAUACUGCAUUAAUACCAAGCGUUUAACUCUCAUUACGACAUAUCUAAUCUAGGUACUUAAUUGUAAGAAAAUGAGUCAAAUUCAAAAUUUUUAUUCAGUAUUAUAAGAUAUGUACUUCAUAUCGCUUAAUAAUUGUCAUAUCUUUUGGUUUCACAACAUUAGUUGACGUCAAAUAAAUUACUUCAAACUAAGUUUACUGCCGCUUUCAAGGCGUCAGUGCAGAAGAAGCGGUAACAAACUACAGUGUAGCAUUUUCUUCCAACAACGUCAACUUUACGUAGAUCGCUUAAGCCGCCCAAUAGGUUUAAGUUAAUAUAACUACUUAGUUAAUAUAUUAACGUAAUAUAUAUAAGUCGUAGAUAGAUAUUAUAAAAUACUGUUUGUUGUGUGGUUAAAAUUUUGUGUUCAAUAUUUUUAGUACUGAUAACGGCUGUUUUAUGUGCAGUGAUCGAAAAAAAACUAGAAUCGAAUUGAAAUGUUGAUAUAUAUGAAUUUGAAAACUGGUCGCACGUGCCCGACAAUGCUUAACAUUAUGGUUUCGUAGUUGCCUAUUACAAUUAACCACAACUUUAAACCAGGGUGUUAUUGGAUUCCUCAUACUUGCUUCUGCCAUAAAUCAUAUUAUAUCAUAUAUUAUUUAAUCGCUCUAGAUUGUUAUAUGACUAGUUCUAUACCGACCACUGAUGAUUUUGGAAAAGAAUUAAAAAUUCACUGCAGAAAGAUGUUUAAAAAUACUUACAAAUAUGUACAUAAAGUAUUAAAUUAUUUUAGUUCAAGUUUUUGGCCAUUUUUAUUUUAAAUAUUAUAUUUCGUUUAUUUUUAUACAUAUGUUCACAAAUUCUUUCUGUAAAAAAGUUAAUUUAUUUUUAUUAUAAUCAUUUUUUUAUAAACUAUGUAAUAAUAUUGCCAUGUCUUUAUUAAAUAUAGUAACAUAGCUGUGCUACAAUAUAUAACAUAGUAACUACUAGUGCUUUGUACCUGAACAGAACCGAAUAUUCCAUUACCCACCAAGUUGCAUUCUGUUUAUAGUAUUUAUUUCUAGGUAAAAUUGCGCUGUUUCUGUUUCCGCCUAUGGUUUCAUUGUAAAUAUCAGUAUAAUUUACAGUUAUAUUUCAGUUAAAACUUAAAUUUACCACUUCAAUUACUCGCACUCGAUCUUAUUUGUUUAUACAGAUACUAACCAGUGGUGACUAGCUAGCAUUCGCGUGACUUACAAAGCAUUAUUACUUUUGUGUGGCUAAUUAUCUUUUAGUUAUGAAAACAAAUUUAGCCAUUGCUAGUCGAGAAAUGUAAUUACAAUAUUUUGAUACAUUUAAUCGAGAAAUACCUAAUAAAAAAGUUUUAUAGGGUGCAUUAAAGAUGGAUAUUUUUCUAAUUUAAGAUUAAAAUCUUUAAAAAAAAAUGCCACAAUCGAUAAUUGUAAAAUGGUUAACGGUCUGUCUGUAAAUGUUGAAGGUUUCACCUCACAUCAAAAGUUGACGGGUUUUUUUUUACUUGUAAUGAAGAUGAAUAAUUUUGGGUCAUUAUUUUUUUAAGUUCUGUGACUUUUUAAAACUUUCAUUUAGUUAUUAGCUCUUGAGCAAUGUGCUUUUGUACUUACUUAAAUUAUGACUGAUUUACAAUAAAAUUAUACCACUAACAUAUCGUUUCUGA